GUCAUGCAUAUUUUUAUAGUGAGUUUGAUAUGGGGCUUAUGAGUAAAUGGUUUAUAGUGAAAAUAAUUUAAAACAUGGCUAAUACAGGCUUGUUACCUUUUGUAAGAGGUGUAGAUUUUACAUGCAAUGAUUUCAGUGGCGACAAAUUUCCUGAAGCAAUUCGUUAUAUGACUGGACUACAAUGGCUCAGGCUUGAUAAAACUAAUCUGACGGAUAUUCCAGAAGAAUUAGGGAAGCUUAUGAAAUUGGAAAAUUUGUCAAUAAAAAAGAAUAAUCUAGAAAAAUUAUUUGGCGAACUCACUGAACUGAAAUGCUUACGAUCAUUAAAUGUGAGGCACAACAAUGUGAAGACAUCAGGUAUACCUGCAGAGUUGUUCAGACUUGAAGAGCUGACCACUCUUGAUCUGUCACACAAUAGACUAAAGGAAGUUCCGGAAGGAUUGGAGAAAGCCAAAUCCCUCCUGGUUUUGAACCUCAGUCAUAACAAAAUCGAGAGUAUCCCACCGACACUGUUUGUACAAUUAACAGAUCUAUUGUUUCUUGAUUUAUCAAACAAUUUACUGGAGACUCUGCCCCCUCAGACUAGAAGACUGGCGAACUUGCAGACCCUUAUACUUAAUGACAACCCGCUAGGAUUAUUUCAGCUAAGGCAGUUACCAUCGCUGCAAAGUCUAGAAACAUUACACAUGCGUAACACACAGCGCACUCUUGCCAAUCUACCGACAUCGCUGGAGACGCUGUGUAACCUUUCUGAUAUUGACCUGUCAAAGAAUGCAUUGACCAAAGUACCUGACGCACUCUACUCGUUGCAAAACCUGAAAAGGCUGAAUCUUAGCGACAAUGAGAUAACUGAAGUAUCCUCAGCAAUGGACAUCUGGCAGAACUUGCAAUGCCUGAACCUGUCACGCAACAAACUGACAGCACUUCCAGCUUCAUUAUGCAAGCUUCAGAACCUAAGACGUCUCCAUGUUGAUGAUAACCAGCUAGACUUCGAAGGUAUACCUUCGGGGAUCGGCAAGCUGGGCAGCUUAGAGGUCUUCUCAGCUGCUAAUAAUUUAUUGGAGAUGAUCCCUGAAGGAUUGUGUCGGUGUGGUGCAUUAAAGAAAUUAAAUUUAAGUAGCAACAAGCUAAUAACUCUACCCGAUGCGAUACAUCUCCUAAGUGACUUGGAGAGUCUGCAGUUACAUGGGAACCCGGACUUGGUGAUGCCACCUAAGCCGGUAGAGCAGCAGAGAGGCGCCGGCCUGCAGUACUACAAUGUUGACUUCUCGCUACAAGCUCAGCUGCAGCUGGCAGGAGCCACCGCAGCUGAGCCCACUACACCAACCAGCGUGAAGUCGGACCCACUAGCGCGCAAGCUGCGGCUGCGGCGGCGCGCGGAGGCGGCGGGGGCGGAGCAGCGCGGCUCGGCGCUCAUCCUGCGCGGCAUGCGCGAGCAGGCCAGCGCGCAGCUCGACGCCGCGCCCGACCUGCACUACAGCGAACUCAAACCGAAACGUUGGGACGAGAGUUUGGAGAAGCCUCCUCUGGAUUACUCUGAGUUUUUCGACGAGGAGACAGGACAGACGCCCGGCCUGCAGGUCUGGGAGAUCGAGAACUUCAUACCCGCACCCGUAGACGAGGUGGCACACGGCAAGUUCUUCGAAGGUGACUGCUAUAUUAUACUGAAGACGUCUAUUCAAGAGCAGGGUCAGCUGUGCUGGGAUAUACAUUUCUGGAUUGGAUCCAAGGCGACCCUGGACAAAGGCGCGUGCGCAGCGAUGCACGCCGUCAACCUUCGCAACCUGCUGGGAGCCAAGCGCACGCAGCGACACGAGCAGGGCGACGAGACCCCCGACUUCCUGGCGCUGUUCCCCACGCCGCCCGUCUACAUCGCCGGCAGCCGCACGCCGUCCGGCUUCUUCACUGUCGAUGAUCCUCACUACGUGACGCGGCUGUACCGCGUGCACGGCGCCGGCAGCAGCAUCCACCUGCAGCCGGUGCCCGUGGCCGCCGCCUCGCUCGACCCCAGAUACGUCUUCGUGCUCGACACCGGACUAAUUAUAUAUUUAUGGAAUGGCAAAAAAGCGAAGAACACUUUAAAAUCAAAAGCUAGGCUAUUCGCUGAGAAGAUCAAUAAGGAAGAGCGUAAGAAUAAAGCGGAGUUAAUUGCGGAGCCGCCGGGGAGGGAGCCUCAGUCGUUCUGGAAGACACUGGGUUACGAGGACCCGGAGCCCUACGUCCCAGAGGAGCAUGUGGAUGCUUCCUGGAGCUGGUGGCCGCCGCGGCUGUACCGCGUGGAGCUCGGCAUGGGCUACCUGGAGCUGCCGCAGCCGGAGCCCGCGCCGCUCGCGCGACACCACCUCGCCACUCGCAACGUAUACAUACUGGAUGCACAUAACGACGUCUUCGUAUGGUUCGGUAAGAAGUCUUCGCGGCUGGUGCGCGCGGCGGCGGUGAAGUUGGCGCAGGAAUUAUUCAAUAUGGUUUCCAGACCUGCGCACGCGCUCGUCACAAGACUACAGGAGGGAACGGAAACACAGGUGUUCAAGACGUACUUCUUGGGGUGGGAGGAGGUGAUAGCGGUGGACUUCACGCGCACGGCAGAGUCCGUGGCGCGAACCGGCGCGGACCUCGCCAGCUGGGCAAAGCAACAGGAGACCAAAACGGACCUAUCCGCACUGUUCGUGGCGCGCCAGGGCGCGAUGUGCGCGUCGGAGGCGCGCGCGCUCGCUGACGAGUGGAACGAGGACCUGGAGGCUAUGGAGGCCUUCGUGCUGGAGGGGCGCUUCUUCGUGCGCCUGCCAGACCACGAGCUCGGCCUCUUCUACAGCCACGACUGCUACGUCUUCCUCUGCAGAUAUGUGCUGCCUGCUGAGCCGGAUCAAGAGAACACGGAGAACUGGUGCGAGGGUGAAGUGGAACCCGAGGAGGGUGAAUCAGCGACGUGGGUGGUGUACUUCUGGCAGGGGCGCAAGGCGCCCAACAUGGGCUGGCUCACCUUCACCUUCGGGCUGGAGCGCAAGUUCAAGCAGCUCUGCCGGCGGCUGGACGUGGUGCGCACGCACCAGCAGCAGGAGAGCCUCAAGUUCAUGGCUCACUUCAGGCAACGGUUCAUCAUACGGGAUGCCAAGAGGAACCAGCCGCCGGAGGGCGGGCGGCCGCCGGUGGAGCUGUUCGAGUUGCGCAGUAACGGGUCCGCGCUCUGCACACGACUUAUACAGAUCAAACCCGACGCAGCACAACUUAACAGCGCAUUCUGCUACAUACUGAACGUGCCGCUGGAGGGCAGCGGCGACGCAUCCUCCGCCCUCGUGUACGUGUGGGUGGGCAGUAAGAGCGACGCGGAUUCCGCGCGACUUGCGGAACAAAUCGCCGAGGAGAAAUUCAACAACCCCUGGGUCAGCUUACAGGUGGUGACGGAGGGCACAGAGCCAGAUAAUUUCUUCUGGGUGGCUCUGGGCGGACGAAAGCCGUACGACACGGACGCAGACUAUCUCAAUUACACGCGACUAUUCAGAUGCUCCAAUGAAAAGGGAUAUUUCACUGUCUCUGAAAAGUGCACGGACUUCUGUCAGGAUGAUCUUGCGGACGACGAUAUUAUGAUACUGGACAAUGGUGAGCAAGUCUUCCUGUGGCUAGGCGCUAAAUGCUCAGAGGUCGAGAUCAAACUCGCAUACAAGUCUGCACAGGUGUACAUCCAACACAUGAAGACAGUCCAGCCAGAGCGACCUCGGAAACUGUUCCUAACGCUGAAAGACAAGGAGUCUCGCAGGUUCACCAAAUGCUUCCACGGCUGGGGGGAGCACAAACGACCUCCUGAGUAAAUUAUUUCCUAUAUUUCUUGUAAAUUAUGUCAAAAUUUAUACGUCAAAUGUCCAUGUAUAUUUAUAAUACAUUAAUAGAAACUUUAUAUCUGUUAUUUACAAAUAAAUUCAUAUUUAAAUUCGAUUUUUGAAUAAUUGUAAUACUGUAACAAUACUUAUUUGUAUAUUAUUUACUAAAUCAAGUAUAAUUUGUAAUGCUAAUAUAUUUUCAUUUGUAACCUUAUACAAUUGUUUAAGGUUUUAAACACUAAACAAUUCUGCAAACAGCAAAUCAGAAAAAAAGAGUUUGAAAGUAUGGAAAUUGUAAUUUUAUUAUGAUUUGUUAUUAUUAUAGCCUAAAUGAUUAUGGACACAUUUCCUAGAAUUUCUAAAUUAUAUAUAACCCACCUUAAUUACUGUUUUAAACUUAUGUGAAUGUAACACAAAGUAUUAUUAAAAAAAAAGUAUUUUCAUUGAUUUCAUCACUAGUCAAAUGUAAAUUGUAUUAAAUCUUACAUUCAUAUACUGAUAAAAAUCAUACUUCUUUAUAAUUGUGAAGGCAAAAUUUGUUUGUCAAUAUACUUUUCAUGCAUUUUGGCUAUUAUAUGGCAUCAAAUUAAAUUCUAUGUAACAAACUCAUACAACGUGAAUUUUGACAGUCAAUAAUAUAUUCAAAAAUGUUAA